AGCUAGGUUGCUAAUGAUACAGCAAUAUACAUAGUGAAGUAAAGACAGUUGGCCAGCAUUUGGAAACAACUCUUGAAAUGCAAGGAAUGCAUAAAUGCACUUAACCUACAUGUUUUUGCAGUGACAAACUGCAUAUAUAUGAAGUAAAUUACGUGAAAUCAUACUGAACAUACACUGUGUGAGAAUGUCCUUUAGGUUAACUACUUUGCGGAUGAUUAGCUCAGUAUGCCAGGAGGCUAACAGUCUCCUUCAUUAACAUUGAGAAUAAGGCUUUAAGCUAAAAUAAUUUCUGAAGAAUUCACUAAAAAACUUAAGUUAAAUUAAGUAAAGAGUAUAUUACACGUAUGUCUUACCAGCAUGGUAUGUUCAAAUGUCCUUGUUUUUACGUAGAGCUGCCAAAAGUGGUACUAAAUCCAGUGUGGAGAAGUUAAAGUACACCUCAGUUAGCUUUAUGUUAACACUAUACAGUGAUACCUUUAGAGAUGCUAGCAAAAAUUAUAGUUGUUGUAACAACUAAAACAGAUAAAACAGACUUUUUAGAGGUUCUCAUGCCUGUGCAAUUAUAUUCUGCUCUUAAAAUCACUGAAUUUAAUGAGUAUUUACUGACAUUUUAAAGAACAUAAAAAAGUUUCACAUGCCUGCAGAAGCACUCCUAAAUACAUUCCUUUGAAGGUAAUUUUUGUCCAUAAUAUAUUAGAGAUCGAUCCAGCAGCAGUUAAAUAUGCUGUUAACUGCGUGACAGAGCGCUGAAUCAUCGCUAAAUGGUCUGACCUGUUCUCCAAUGACUCAAUGCCUAAAAACAGGGAUGACAGUCUUUCAGUGGUUGAUCGCUCUCUGUGCAGCUUAGAAAAUGAUUGGUACAGUCAGUAUGUUAUAUAUACGCUCACUGGCCACUACCUUCCAGUUACCUGUCACUUUGUGUGAUCUGUCUACCUUAUAGGGCUACUUUAUGGGUGUACAGUUUCACACUGUAUCUGUUAUCGUAUCUGUGUCAAUGCACAAUUUGUCAGCCACCUUCUACUCCAUUCGUCACUGGUCAGUUUCCGACCACAGGAUCAGUGAUGACCAGAAAUUAUUUGGGUGGUGGAUAUUCCUCAGCACAGCAGUGACACUGACAUGGAAGUGCCAGCACAAGCGGAUCAUGUCCAGAGGUGUUAUUGAUGUUUCUACACAUGUCAAGAGUCCCUGCAAGGUUGAGAGUGGGCUACCACCCAAAAAUAUCCAGCCACAAGCAACUGACCAGUGAUGAGGGUCUAGAGGAUGGCUAACAAUAAUUGUACAGCAACAGCUAGACUACAUUCUCUAAUUGUACACCAGCAAGGGGGAGCUACAAGAUAUGGACGGGAAUUAUGGGGGCGGACUGCUGGACAUGGUUAAAGGAGGCGCCGGAAAGUUCUUCAGCAACUUCAAGGACAACCUGAAGGACACAAUCAAAGACACGUCAACCAAGGUUAUGCAUCAAGUGGCCACCUAUACAAAAGGUGAGCUGGACAUUGCCUACAUCACCUCACGUAUCAUAGUGAUGUCAUAUCCUGCUGAGGCGGUGGAGCUGGGCUAUAGGAAUCAUGUGGAGGACAUCCGCUCUUUCCUGGACUCACGUCAUGCCGACCACUACACUGUUUUCAACUUAUCCCAGAGGAACUAUCGUGGAGCCAAGUUCUCCAACAGGGUAUCUGAAUGCAACUGGCCAUCCAAACAAGCCCCCAGCCUUCACAACCUGUUUGCUGUGUGCAAGAACAUGCACAACUGGCUCAAGCAGAACCCUAAGAACGUGUGUGUGAUCACUUGCUCGGAUGGCAGAGGUCCAUCAGGUGUGCUGGUGUGUGCCAUGUUCUGCUUCUGCCACCUCUUCGCCAACCCCGUGCCUGCCAUGCAGCUACUCAGCGCCAAGAGACCAGGCUCCGGCCUGUGGCCUUCACACAGGAGGUACGUAGGUUAUGUGUGCAGCAUGGUGUCAGAGAAACCCACAGUGCCCCACUCCAAACCUCUGGUCAUCAAAGCUGUCACCAUGAGCCCCAUCCCAUGUUUCAACAAACAGCGCAGUGGCUGUCGACCAUUUUGUGAUGUCCUGAUCGGCGAGACCAAAAUCUUCUCCACAGCGCAGGAGUACGAGAGGAUGAGAGAGUAUAGAGUGCAGGAGGGGAAGGUGCUGUUUUCUCUGGGAGUGAGCGUCCAAGGAGAUGUAGUGAUCUCAGUCUAUCACAUGCGCUCCCAUGCACUACAGGCCAAGGUGACAAACACGCAGAUAUUCCAGAUUCAGUUCCAUACAGGCUUUAUCGCCCCUGGCACCACAGUCUUAAAGUUUAUGAAGUCAGACUUGGAUGCGUGUGAUUCUCCAGAGAAGUAUCCUCAGCUGUUCCAUGUGCUGCUGGACAUUGAGGUGGAGAACACAGAGAAGCAGAAGGAUCUGACCCCACCAUGGGAACAGUUCCCCACCAAAGACCUGAGCCCGAAUGUGCUCUUCUCCUGCCACCAGGAACACAAGGACGCACUUGCAAUCGCAGAUCCUUCCCAGUCACAUGGGGGCCCUGGGGGCCGCUUGGGGCCAAAUGAAGAGAGCGAGCCUUCAGACGAUGAGAUGCUGUCCCUUUCCAGCCAGCAGAGCAAUGCUAGCAGUGAGAAAGCCAAAGCGGCAAAGAAAGCAGAGGCUCAGGCUGCCCCUGCCCCGCCACCUGCUGAGGACGUGGACCUGCUGGGUCUGGAUGGAGGUGACGUCCAGCCUCCUCCAGCUUCUCCACAGCCCCCGACCACUACCACCACCACUGACCUGCUGGGAGAUCUGUUUGGAGCUCCGCCUCCACAGUCUGCGAGUGGCCCUGGCUCUGCCCAGUCCACACCCAGGAGAUCUGCCCCCUCUACAUCACCCUGCCCAUCACCUCGACCUGGAGACACUUUUGACCCAUUUGGGUCAGCGACGGCCGCUGCACCUGCCCCAAAGCCUCAAGACUUCAUGGGGGCAUUCCUGGGUCCAGGUAAUGUGGGGCAGCCGGACCCCUUCCUGCAUGCCGCACGGUCUCCGUCUCCCACUAUGCAGAACAUGGGCAUGGGCCGCAGCUCACCCGGGCCUCCAACUACACCCACAGUAAACAUUCAGCAGCAAAACACUAUGGGUGGAUGGGACUGGAACAGACCAGCUCCCCCAGCAGGUGGAGGUUUCAGUAUGGGCAGUAAGUCAGCUGGUACAAGUCCCACUGGCUCUGUUCACAGUACUCCUACCCACCAGCCCAAACCAAACACUCUGGACCCAUUUGCUGACUUGGGCAACUUAGGAGCCAGUCUUGGAGGUGGCUCAGGAUUUUCCAGUAAGCCCACCACUCCCACAGGCACAGGAGGAGGCUUUCCCCCAAUGGGCUCCCCCCAGAGGCCUGCUCCCUCUCCCCAGCAUACCACCACUACUGGCAGCUGGCAGCCCAGCACAGGCUUCCCAUCUUGGCAGCCUGGCGGAGGGGGCGGGUGGCAGCCCCAGGCCCAGCCCAAACCUCCAGGACCUUCCAUGCCCCACAGCUCUCCACAGAACAGACCCAAUUACAACGUUAGCUUCUCCAGCAUGAGUGGAGCUUCACCAGGAGGAGCAGGGGGCAAAGCACAACCUAACAUGGGAGCCAAGCCGAAGGCCACAGACGCUAACUUUGAUGACCUGCUCUCUGGACAAGGCUUCACAGGCAGUAAGGAAAAGAAAGGCCCAAAGACAAUAGCAGAGAUGAGAAAAGAAGAGAUGGCAAAAGAGAUGGACCCAGAGAAACUCAAGAUCCUGGACUGGAUUGAGGGGAAAGAGCGGAAUAUCCGUGCGCUGCUCUCCACCAUGCACACGGUGCUAUGGGAGGGAGAAACCCGCUGGAAGCCGGUGGGCAUGGCUGACCUGGUCACACCUGAACAGGUGAAAAAGGUCUACAGGAAGGCUGUGCUGGUUGUCCAUCCAGACAAGGCCACUGGAGAGCCCUAUGAACAAUAUGCCAAGAUGAUUUUUAUGGAACUAAACGAUGCCUGGUCGGAAUUUGAAAGCCAAGGACAGAAAGCUCUGUACUAAGACUCAUUACAAAGAGUAACAUUAGAAAGCCCCUUCCUACAGCUGUCAAUGACACAACCAGUCAGCAUGUGAUACCCAACUCCAUCCUCCGAACACAAAUUCCUGCUCUCCUCCCCAUCCCGGAUCCUGCUCCAUUUACUAUAGACACUGCAGUCUUCAUCUGUACAGUGUACCUGAGUGUCAGACUAAUGACUCUGUAACUGGUGAAUAUGUGAUAAAACAGCUGUUUUCAGUAAGCCACUAUCAAAAAAGGCACCAAGCCUUUUUUGGGGCAUGCUUACGGAUAGGUAUAGCUGACAUAUCUAUUUUUAAAAUGAUCAAAAACAGUAUUUCCUCUCCCUUUUUGUAGCUAGUUCAGUUGCGUUGUGAUGCAGGCAUCCAGCUAAGGAUGCGCAGUUUUCCUUUGUUUUUGGUACCUGAACAACUGCAAAAUAGAAGCGGCUUUCGUGUUGCAGAUAGUGGUGUUAGUUGAAGCUGUGAAUCAAUAUGCAGGUCUGAGAUGAAACUGAAGUGUAGCCUUACUGAUACUCAGCAGGAGCCUUUCCAGGACUGGAGAGCAAAGGACAAAGGUUAAUUUAGCGUCAUUGUCACCUACAAAA